AUGGCGAAUCCUCCGCAGCAGACGUAUAUCCCUAGCAAAAUCGUCCAGUCCGACUACCCCCUCAUCGACAAUGACCCACAUUUCAAGAGGGUGGUAGGAUAUGCCCGACCAUCAGACUAUGUGCACGGCACUGUAGCUGCGGCGGCAGGUCCGGGUUUGCUCUGGACGAUGGAGAAAUUCGCUCCUUCGCAUGUUGGCCGGGGUGGUUUUGCGAGAGCCAUGCGCUUGGCUGGCGUAAUUGGAGCGAUGGGUGGAUUCUUAUAUUUCUACCAGCGAUCGAGUCUACGGUUCUACGGCAUGUCAGAGAACGCCCGUGAAGUGGAGUUAGAUAUGCGGGAGAUGGUAGACAAAGUCAAAACGGGCGAGCCACUAUAUGGCGAGAGCAGAUUGACACCACACAUGCAGGGCGUCGCGGCCCGUCAGUCGCGAUACUCUGCCCUUUUCACAGCGGUGCUGCCCUGGUUUAACUUCGUCAAUCACAGUCAGCACGGUGUCGACACAGCAAAGUACUACCGACGAGCAGAGCAGGAACUGGAGGCUGAGCGUCUCGGCAAGAGUAGUUCGUAA